UUUCGAAGCAUCUGAAUUUGCCAGCCUUGGCUACCACGACGGAAAAGGCAGCGCCCAUCCUCCAGCGUCCCGCAGACCAAGGAAGCUUAGGCAAGAUACUGUCUACAAGCGAAACCCGAGCCGACCAGACACAUCUACACCAAUCAGUCCGGGCCGGCUGAGCCUACCCUACCACCAUGGAGGUCAGGCACGCCGUCCAGGGCGUCCUGCGCCUGGCGGCCUUUUCCCGCACAGCCUCGCCAGCCGCCCUGCUGGCCCCGCGCCAUCACACGCCCUUCCUCUCCGCCAUACGCCACCAGUCCACAGCAGCCGCCGCCGCCGCCGCCCCGGGCACCCCCACGCAGACACCCGCCCGCGAGGCAACAGAUACGCCCUCAUGGUUGCCGCCCGGAAAGCCCGACCCCUCCGAGACGACCCCAGGAGUAUACAACACCCCAUCCUGGGCGCGGCGCAAGUCACCCACUGCCUCGUCGGGCGGCGGCACCAUCGGCGGGGGUACGAGAACGGUCAUGGACCGGCUCAGCCUGCCGCGGGACACGGGCUCCAACCCCUUGAGCGCGUACGUCUCCAACAACGUCAUGACACGCGCGCCGGGCGCCUACUUCAGCGUCAACGACUUCAUGGGCCCGCCCGAGGAGCGCGAGCGCCGCCGCCUGGUGCCGUCGCUGGGUCGCGAGGUGCCCGUCAACGCCCGCGUCGACCCGGCCCGCGCCUUUGCGCUGCUGUCCAUGUCGGUGCGCUACAACAAGAUGCCCAAGGACGUGCGCCUGCAGCGCUUCCACGAGCGGCCCGGCAUUAAGCGCAAGCGCCUCAAGAUGGAGAGGUGGCGCGCCCGCUUCAAGUACAGCUUCCGCCACACCGUCAACCGCGUCAGGGAGUUGGCCAAGCAGGGGUGGUGAGGGGGGGAGUGUGUGGAUGUGGGAAUGUCGGCGGGUAUCCGCUACGAGGAGCACGACUCCGACCCCGACGAGAUGGGUCUGUAUAUAUAAAAAUUGUAGCUGUAGCUGAAUAGGCAGCAAGAUGCGAUCUUUGGUUCCUGUUUUCGCAUGCUAUGUGCGGACCGGUGCGAAGCACAGGAAGGUCGGAUGUCUCAUAAGUUCGUUUUAGCAUGGCCUAUUCGUUUGCACUAUUCUUGGAACCCUGGAGUAUCCGCACAUG